GACAUAACCAGGUGUAUAAAUAUUUUUCUCGCUGGCAUCAAAACCUAAUAAUUCUUCAAUGAUAUGAAGGAAUAUAAGCAAGGCAUGUCGGUUUCGCCAGGCAUGGCAAGCUUUGCAGGACAAGAGGUGCUUGUUUUAACAGGUGUUUUUAUCGUUGUUUAACAAGCAAAAAACUACUGAAGCAAAGCGUGGCGUUUCGUCUUCACGAAUAAGUUAAUAAUGUCAUAAAAAAUAUUUACGACAUCAAGAUCCGUGUCUUCAAAUACAAGCAAAAAAACGUCCAAGCAGGCAAUGGACAUUCCAGCAUUUCUUUCGUAUCUGUUGAUUAUAAGUGAUGUUGUUGUUGCAGUUAAUCUAUCAGAAAGCUACGAAAAAUUUUUCACUACAGACGCGAGGAGCGCGACUAACAGAAAGUUAAAUCACAGCGCAAUGGGCAUUAGUACAUUAGCCAAGUUUUCUAUGCUAAGUAAUACGCCAACAAAUUUUAAAGUCCGAAGGCCUGGUCUCAGCAAUAUUGUGAAUACCUUGUCACUGGAAUCAUUACACAAGCCCGGGUUUUAUCUCAGAAAUAAGGAUGAUAAAUUUUACAUGGAAAAGAAUGACGGGAUGGAUUCGUUCAAAACCGACUCAACAUUUCGGGAACGUUUGGGACCAAACGGUACAGCAUAUGAACUUCUGGGUCGGGACAACUGGUUUAUGUGUCAUACAAAUACCACGCCAUACACAUUGAAAGCGCAGCAGCAGAAGAUUGGGACUCCGGAUUUUAUCAAUAAUUGUGUUUACAUUCCAGUAAAUCAAGUAAUGGCCGAAAGAAAAAAUACAGUCAACACUCUUCCAACCGAAAAUCAAAGAUGUCAAAUAAUCUCCAAACUACGGAAAACACAGGUGCAUUUACACUCGUUUUAUCUUGGUGUGUUGGUCUCACUGACUCCCUUCGGACGAUACAUGACAACUGAGUGUUUCACCCGAUUGCAUCGUAAAAACCAUCACUAUUUUUCUUUAGAUAAAUGCAUUAAUAUACGAUUUAUGAACAAUCUUGGGGGACCUGUUCGAGUGGCAUCUAGCCUAAAACCAGAAGGAUACUUAGUCACUACCAACGCCUUUAAACUAAAAAUAAUAUUCAAACACGCAAAUCACAAACAGCGUCACGUGAUAUUCUACGCUGAGAACAUUGAAGAUAGAGAUGAUGACGUCAUGCUGAAUGACAAGAACGUGUUUACGGUAAAGCCACAUGCGUGUGAAGAAGACUUUAAGGACGUGAUGUUAUCUUCAGGGUCACACGAGCAGAAUUCAUCUUCAAGUUAUAACAUUCAAACAACGUCAACGCCAAGCAAUGUGGCCACACAAGCACCAAUCUCACAUGAAACAGUAUCGCUCUCGACCUCAGAUUAUCAUCCCAUAGAUCAUCCGGAUGUUUCAAAAACACUGCAAGAAACAUCUUACAACGCUGUAGGAAAACCGAGCAGUUUUGACAUGCAUCCGAUGUUUCAAGACACAGCGCAAGCGAAAGCAGUAAAACUACCUAUCAAAGAUACUACUAAUGAUAAUGUACUUAACUCCACUCCAAAACAACAGGCGCCAGCGAUGACAUCAGGAUCUUCAGCGGUAUAUAAGGACAUGUCUAAUACAGUUCCAUUUCAGGGCUACAACAGCCUGACUAAAACAUCUCACGAGAUCGGACUACCACAGCAGCCUGCGUUGGUAACCGCUGGACAUCUUGAGCCACGUUUUCUACCGAGCUACAUUUCUCCGCUAAAAGAACAAAUACAAAAGAUAAUUGAGACACAAAAAAGACCAGUUACUAGUGAUACUCCAUUAUUCUCACCGAAGAGCGAUAUAUAUUUACCUUUUGCUUCAGGUGAUGGCUUCGAGACAUGGUCACCGUUUAGUUCCUGUAGUGUAUCGUGUGGGGUUGGUACACGUCAACGGACGAGAAUAUGUAGGACUGGUAACAAGUGUUAUGGUUCAACUUUUGAGACAGAACCUUGCAUCAAUGAACAAUGUGCUUCAAAUUGCAUUCACACAAAUGGAGGAACUGUGCGGGAUGGAUCUUGUUGUCACUUUCCGUUUUCCUACAAUGGUGAACGGUAUUAUCAUUGUAUCCUAAGUCUGAAGAACAACAACGAGAUGUGGUGUGCGACUACACCAUAUUUUGAGCAAGACAAACUUUGGGGAUAUUGUUCUAGUUCAGCCGAAGCACGAAUUCGUUCAUUCAAACAACCCCCGCGACCAACUGAAACCUUUUCACACCCCACACCAGCAAACGUCAACACGCUAAAUAAAUACCACAACAGUCCCAACAUGAUCCAUGAUGACAGCUAUAUCCCAUGUGGUACUAUGUGUUCCAGAGUAUGUUACGUGUCAUGUCCUAAACAUUGUUGUUUAUCAGUGAUUGCUGAUCUUCCCUACAAUGCGUACAUCGGUGAAAAUUAUGAUGUCAAUGAUAAAAGAAACGAAAUCUACCAACAUUAAUAAUGAAGAUCUAUCAAGGCUUUACAUCGACCCACACAUAACUUCAUCAAGCAAAACAUGAUGUCAUCUGACAAAACAUGAUGUCAUCUGACAAAACAUGACAUCAUUAAGUAAAACAUGAUGUCAUUAAAAGUUGAUCUAGCAUCAUACACCAACUAUAGAACAUAAAAUGUCAAACAGAAAUAUAGAAGGCAAUAAAGAUAUUUGAAAUUUAUUAAAAAAACAUAUAGCUGAAAACAAAUAAGGUAUUCAAGAAUGGAUUUAAAGGAGUGUGCAGCUCUUCAAUCCUUGGUUAGAUGGAGGAGCAAAAGUGGUAUAAUAAAGAACCCUCUCAAAGAGACUAUUUUGGAUCCAUUCCUGAAGCAAACCAUUGCCUAAGAGAGUGGAAUUAUGUUAAUAUAUAACAAAGAUUCGACUGCCAAGUAUAAAAAUGAGAUAAUCAUCUCUAUUGUAUCCAAGCAUACCCACCAGCUUAAGAGAGGCACUAGCUUUUGUGCAUAUUCAAGAAAUAUUGUUAGAGUAAUGGAAGAAGUAGAAUAUCAAUGGCAGAUGAGGAAAAAAUACAUACAAAAAAGUUAUAGCAAA